AUGCAUGCCGCUUCAAGCACGCUCGACCAGUUCUUUCAACACCUUGACGGCGCUUUUAAGGACGCACACAUGGCUGAGACAGCAAGGAACAAACUCCAGAAUAUGCGACAGAAGACAGACAACGUGCGUGACUUUGUACAAGAUUUUAACAAGGAGGCCCUUACUGCCGGCCUAUUCGAUUAUGCUAUCCUUAAGAGCAUGUUCCUAAACGCUCUUAGUCACGAAUUGCGGACAGCUCUUGCAGGCACUAUCUUCUCUGAACAAGCAACAAUCGAGGAAAUGCAAUCACAUGUCGCUGCUGUUUCAGACAACCUCUGGCGACUUAAGCUAAAGAGUAAGAAGAAGACUCUCCCGCUGCAACAUAACGCCCUCCCAACGGCCCUGCCUCUAGACACUAUGGACUAG